GCUUUGACGGCGUUGGUAGUGCGGAGAGAUCCCGUGACACAUUUCAUCGGAACUUUCUGACGGAUGUUUCCUGCUUCUCCCUCACUUGUCAGACCUCUCCAAACUUUUAGGCUUCACUCUCGGGCUCAUGUCGAGCCUUGGACCGGGGAAAUGGGAGCUGUUUUGACAGCUUGAACGCCGCAGAGAGGAGGGGGAAAAAGCCACACCGGGAGCGAAAAGUAGAUGAGCGCCGCAUCAAAAGACUGUAAGCUUUGACCAGAGAUGGGGAUCGGCCAAAAAGAUACUUAGUUUUUGUUUUUGUUUUUUUGUUUUUUUACCUGGAGGACGCAUUGCUUCGUGACCUUUCACCUUUGAAUGCCGACAGGAUCGAGGAUGGAGGAGCACUCCAGUCUCCCCAAUGUCUGCAUUCCCUGCCACAACGAGCAGAGGGACAAGAAAAAACGUUACACAGUUUACAAAGUGAUGGUCGCUGUCGGGCGGCAGGAAUGGUUUGUCUUCAGGCGAUACGCAGAGUUCGAUAAACUCUACAACACGUUAAGGAAACAGUUUCCAUCUAUGAAUUUGAAGAUUCCAGCCAAAAGGAUAUUUGGGGACAACUUUGAGCCAGAGUUCAUCAAGCAAAGAAGAGCAGGAUUGCAUGACUUCAUUAAGAGGAUUGUUUCACAUCCUCAGCUCUGCAACCAUCCAGAUGUGAGAACCUUUCUACUGAUGGACAAACUGCAAAACUUUUCAGAUGCCUCCGAGGACGAGGACGACAAAAGCAGCUCUACCUCCAGAAACAUUAACCUGGGACCCUCUGGAAAUCCACAUGCAAAGCCCACAGACUUUGACUUUUUAAAAGUCAUAGGAAAAGGGAGUUUUGGGAAGGUUUUCCUUGCAAAGCGAAAGAACGAUGGGAAGUAUUAUGCCGUGAAGGUCUUACAAAAAAAGGUCAUUCUCAACAGAAAAGAGCAAAAGCACAUCAUGGCCGAGCGCAACGUGCUGCUGAAAAACGUCAAGCACCCUUUCCUCGUGGGUCUCCAUUAUUCCUUCCAGACCACAGACAAGCUGUACUUCGUCCUGGACUUCAUCAAUGGAGGAGAACUUUUCUUUCACCUCCAAAGAGAACGGACCUUUCCAGAACCCAGAGCAAAGUUCUACAUUGCUGAAAUGGCCAGUGCUCUGGGAUAUCUGCAUUCUCUCAACAUUGUUUACAGGGACUUGAAGCCAGAAAAUAUUCUUCUUGACAAUGAGGGCCACAUCGUCCUGACAGACUUUGGAUUGUGCAAGGAAGGCAUUUCCCAGACCGACACCACCUCCACGUUCUGUGGAACACCUGAGUACUUGGCUCCAGAAGUGCUAAGAAAGCAGCCGUAUGACAACACGGUGGACUGGUGGUGUCUGGGCUCAGUGCUGUAUGAAAUGCUCUUCGGUCUGCCCCCGUUCUAUAGCAGGGACACACACGAGAUGUACGACAACAUCCUCCACAAGCCGCUGGCGAAGCGUCCCGGUGCGUCCAGCAUGGCUUGGUCUCUGCUCGAAGGCCUGCUGGAGAAAGACGGCACACUCCGACUCGGGUCCAGGGACGACUUUAAUGAGAUCAGAGCACACGGCUUCUUUUCCUCUAUUAACUGGGGUGAACUUGAACGGAAGGAGAUUCCUCCGCCAUUUACACCCAACGUGAGCUCCUUCAGUGACAUCUCUAACUUUGACCCCGAGUUCACAGAAGAAACAGUUCCCAACUCAAUCUGUUGGUCUCAAGAACACUCCAUCGUCAACGCUAGCGUUAUGGAAGCCGACGACGCCUUUGUGGGCUUCUCUUAUGCACCGCCCUCUGAUGACUCCUUCCUAUAAAACAUUCCCAACAACUCAGUGUUGCCUUAACCUUUGUAAGUUUUGUAACUUUUGACAAAAGGGAAGAAUUAACAUCAUAGAUGAACUUUCUCUAUGAAGCCAAAGCAAGCAGCUGAGAAGAAUCUGCACUUAAAAACAAAGUAUGACUUUAUAUUUUACCCAUAUGUGUGUAUAUAUAACAGAAGAUAUUUUAAGAAAAGACACCUGUACCUUAUUAGUGUAACCUUCAAUGGUUUCUAAGUCGAUCCUUUACAAUGCCUUACAUUUGACCCUUAAAUAACUCAAUUUUUUUUUCUGCAGUUUUCUGAAACACACUUGAAGAGUUCACUGGACCUAAAAUGCCACAAUUGAAUAAGUGGAAGAUUGAAUUGUGUUUUCUUUGUAAUUACUGUAUAAACAAAUAUGUAUCAUACAUUAUAUUGUAAGCUGGAGGUGGGGAUUACUUGAGAUUCCACCGAGUGAAGCAUUCUGGUUCGUAGGUCAUGUUUGCAUUGAAAAAAAGACUGUCUUCAACCUCUUUAGUUACUUUUUUUUGUUGGUCUAUGUCAAUGCUGAUCAUUUUUAUUGGAUGUUUGGGUUUUGCUACUCUUUGCCUUAAUGCAUUUAUUCAUUCAAAAAGUUAAAAAAUGCAAUGCUUUUCUUCGCCUGGAAAUGAGGUUAAAUAUAUUCGUGCAUCGUGAUUAAAAUCAGAAAAGUUAUAAAGUG